CAAAAAAAAUUUUUCGUUUUUUCAAAUGGGAAACCAAACAGAAAUUAAUCAAAACAAGACUGAUGUUCGUGUAAAACUUGAACAAAUUCAGCAUCGUUCAAAUCGUAAACGUUUGGCUCCUAAAGUUGAAGAAGAAAUUGUUGAGGAUAUUGUUGUUGAUGACAUACCUGAAACCCAUUAUGAAGAGGCUGUUCAAGAGGAGAAGGAGGAGGUUGAAUUUACUAAAGGAUGUACGUCUAAGGGUUUUGUUUGUAUUUGGUAUAAAGGCUAUCGAUACCUGAGAUUUGGAAAACAGAAUAAGUCUUAUUGGCGUUGUAGUAACAGAUUAUGUAAAGCAAAGGCUAUGGCAUUGGAAAAAGAAGAUGGUAAAAUUAUUGGAGGACUUAAAGGUACACAUAAUCAUAUGCCUCAACCAGAACAAAGAUUGGUGGAAAUUAAACGACAAGAAUUAAAACAAAGAGCGAGAGAAGAGCCUUCUUUAAGUUGUUCAAAGCUUAUUGCAAGUAUUCGAGCUGGCUGUGAUGAUGAAACAUUUGUGGCUUUGGGAUCGGAUCAUACCCUUGCGAAUAUGGCUCUAAGAAAAAGCAAGGCUUUAUGGAAAAGGUGUUACAAAAAAGGGUGCCGAUAUUACGUCUAUAAAAUUACUACCUUCAUUGACGGAAAGAAAUGGACAAUCUAUAUUUUUGUAUGA